CGGAUUAAUGAAGCUCGUCCCUCCCUUGCUUCCCUUACUAAGCCUUUCCCCUUUUCUGUUCUGUGAAUCCUUUAGCUGAUUCACACCACACUGCCAGGCCAUAUCUACCUCCUCCAACAUCGUUGCAAGUUCAAGCUUCACAAAUGAAGAUACUAGCAUGGAUGCAACACAAACUUACUGGGAGAAAUGGCACAAAGCAACCGUGCCGAAAUUCUGCAGCGCUCCAACGUGAUGCAGGGGAACCAGAAGAAACCGGCGACUGGCCUCAUGGGUUGCUUGCAAUCGGUACACUAGGAAGCAAUGGCACAAUGAAACAAGCUCCCCAUCCAACUUCACCUUCCUGUGGUGCUGCUCAUGUUGCUGCAGGAGCUCCACACUGCCUAGAUACAGUAUCGACAAGAGAGGCAGUCUCAAGUAAUACCAACAUCAGCAAAAGGUCCCUAUCGUUUCUUGUGAAGAAGGUAUUCGUUUGCAGGGAUGGAUUCAGCCUUCCUCCACCUUCUUCUCCUCGUGGUUUGGUGGAUCCAGUCCAAACUGACUCUACAAUGGAAAAGAUAUUGAGGGCCAUACUAAACAAGAAGAUAUAUCCUCAAAACCAGCCACCGAAUCCAGCUGCUGCUGCAGUGUCAAAGAAGAUGUACUUGAAGAACAGACAAAAGAAGCCUUCACAGAUUAAAGCAACUGAGAUCGAACCGGAGGGUUGUGAAGAUCAUGAAACUUAUCACAAGCUGCAGAUCACAGAUGAUGAUAAUAGCAAUAAGAAUAAUAAUAAUCAUGAAAAUCCAAGUAAAUGGGACAAGACAGAUUCAGAAUGUGAGUAGUGAUGACCUUUCAUAUGCAUAUCGAACUUCAAGUCUUCAAACAUUAGGCUUGAUAAUCAAUAAAUAUUUCAUCUCAGCCCAGGAAGAAUCUGAAUGUUUUGCACUAUCUGUUUCUUUCGUGAUUCCAUGCAGAUAUAGUCCUGGAGAUAUAAGUAACUAACAGCUUCUCGUGUGUGCCUCCUCCCAGCUAAGUGCUGAUCAAUUUUGGAGACAGGAGAUGCAGAUGCACUGCUAAGCAAUGUCUUUCGUUUCCACUUUUUCAUUUUCAUUUUGGAAUAGCACAGUAGCCAAUUGCAUAAGCAACGUGCAAGGGUGUUCCACUUUUUGCCACUGGUUCCAUUGCCAGUGGUUUUUAUGAGAAUCAGAGAAACGCCGGCGACCAUUUUGCUAUUAAUAAAAGUUGUAAACUUUGAAGAGAAGUUUCUAGGUACAGAGAAUGGAAUAAAACAUCCAUUUGUAAAUACAGAUACAGAAAGCUCCCAAUCUUAGCAUUACAUUACCAUGUUGGAAAACUUCACAAGGCUAGAAGCUAUAGAUAUUCCCUCCGAUUAUUAUCUUCAGCAAAGCUAUAUAUGGAAGUGAACCCAGUUGGUCUCAUUGUCAGAACUCUUUUCCCUUCUUUAGUUCUAGGAACUGAGGGAGAUGCAUCAUUCGCUGCCAUACGUGAGUAAAGAGAUGAAAGACUCGUGCUGAGGGAAUUUUGAAACAAGCUCAGAUCGCUUUGCCAUCUCGAAGUCCUGAAACUGAAAAGCGGGUGCACAAGUGCAACCUACCAAGGAGUAGUGACUCUCUUUGUCCCUUGGCUCAUUCUUCACAACUGAACCAUCGGGGGAGAUAGUGUAGUCUUUUGUUGGAAAUGCACCAAACCAGACGUUUGGAGGCACAGUAUAUUGCGGUUGUUGAUCGCCAAUAAGAUCAGGUCCAAUGCAGGUUAGUUUGAUAUUCCCAUCUUCACUCAGUUCGAAUACCUGGAAAAGAACCAAACGUUCAUGAAAAGGCCAUAUACUAACACUAGACCAUCACCCUAGAUCGUCAUAACAAAAAAAGGGGCCUUAG